UUGUUUAGAAAGGAGCAAUCCCUGAAGAUACCCCCAAAUACGCACACAAAGGCAUUCCGUUUUUGAAGAUGGUAACCGGGUAACUUUGAGCCCCAACCUUAUCUUUUUUUGCUACCUAGACAGUCGCGUUUUAGUUAACGGGUUUCAAACGGAAUUUUGGGGGGUAUUACAACAAAAAACCUCUGUAUUAUCAUUUGUGCUACAUAAUGAACCCGUUUCCUUAGCGUUCCGUUAUAUUAGCUGACUGAAAUAAUCUAAUUACAUAGCUAGGACUGGUACGAAUUAAGUUUACUUAAGUUUCAGCCCUGGCUCUACUGCUUCAAUAGAACAAAUGAAUAUUGCUUGUCAAAGCUGUUCUAGAACAAGUCAGAACUGUUAGCAAAGACUAUGAUAUAAAAAGUAGCCUAUGUUUUCGUAGAGCGUUUGCUAGGUAACGUCAGUUGGUACUGCAUUGACUUUAAAAUCUGCGGGGAUAUUCAUAACUUGUUCCCCCCCCCCCCCCAAUAUUGCCAGUUGACUGGACAAACGGCUAUCAAAAAAGUGACCUGUCGUAAAAGGGGUGCAUUUAUCGUGCCUCGUCCGUGUAGCCAAUUAGCCACGUCAAAUGAUCUCUCAUUUAUACUGUAACUUGGGCUAAAUUCAACCCAGUUGAUUUCACCAAGUUCCAAAUAUUCAUUUAAUUUCCUCUUAAUAAGAUAGCUAAAAUUAACAGGCUAGUUAGAUCAUGCCAAAUUGUAGUUAAGGGCGUAUACAUGUAUCCUAAUCUAAAUUAUUCGUCAGCAGCGUAUCAUGUUGUAAAGGCUUGAAGGAGGCGUGUCAAGAGUUGAGAAAUACACUUACAAACUGCAGUGGGACAUCAGUUUAGACAUGCUACAGCGUGUAAGGAAUCAUAGUAACGAAUCAACGUAAAGUUUUUCGCGGCCACACGAAGAAACUUUGUCAAAGUAAUCUCGUUUCGUCUACAAUUCAGCGGCGUUUAUUUAUCCAAGGCUCUGAGCCUCGUUAGAGAAAGAAUGUCUUUGGCGGAUCAGAGUCAGGUGUCGUACCCCACCAGCGUACAGGUAACGGUACACCAGGCACGGAACCUUCGGAUCAAGGGUAAGAAUGGCACGAACGACGCCUAUGCCAUCAUGCAGGUGGCCAAAGAUAAGUUCUCCACCUCGGUUGCGGAGAAAUGCGUGGCUCCGGUGUGGAAAGAGGAGGCCACUUUCGACCUACCGCUCUUCCACCACGGCAACGUCGAGCGGUGCACCCUGUACAUUAUCGUGAACCACCGAGCUUCGGUUGGACUGGACAAACAUCUUGGACAAGCUGUCAUUAACCUGGUUGAACUCCACGAGAAGUCGUCACGCAAUAAGACUGAGUGGUUCAAGCUGGUGGACAAGAAUGGGAAAACAGACAAAGACCGGGGCGAGGUGCUCCUGGACAUCCAGUUCAUGCGGAACAAUAUGUCCGUCAGCAUGUUCGACCUCUCCAUGCAGGACAAGCCCCGCUCGCGCAUCGGCAAGCUCAAGGACAAGAUCCGCGGGAAGAAGAAGGACGGCUUCUCCGACUCCGCCUCGGCCAUCGUGCCCUCCGUCACCCAGGCGCAGUCAGACAGCGAGGGGGAGGGGGAGGCCCCCGCCGGCUCCCAGGGGGUCAAGAAGAAGUCCAAGCUGAAGACCCUCUUCGCCCCCAAGUCAAACCUGCAGCGCAACGUGUCCCAGUCCAUGUCCACGCUGGGCUCCCUCCCCGAUAAGAACUCCACCCUCAGUGGCAGCCGCUCCUCUGGCCUCAACAUAGACUCCCCAGAACUGAAAAAGAAGUUUAAGUUCCUGACCCACAAGCGCACUGGCAGCACAGACAGCAAGGGGUCCCAGGGCCCCUUCUCCCUCCUGAGCCGCUCCAAGCAGAACGUGGCCGAGCCGAACAACGUGUGCAUCAACGGCAGCCACGUCUACACCGAGGAGCCCGAGGGCCGGAUGUCGAAGGGCAGCUCCACCCUCAGCCUCAACAGCUCCGACCACGGCUCGGUGGAGGACCUGCGCCGGACCCACGGGAGGAACGACUCCGACUUCUCCGCCGACUCCAUCAAGGGCCUGAGCCUGCCCUCCUACAAGCCCGAGCUGCGGGAGCGCACCCUCCUGCAGCAGCAGCAGCGUAAGGGACAGGAGGAGGCGGAGGAGCAGGAGCGCCAGCAGGCGGAGGAGAAGCGCCGAGCGGAGGCCAAGAGGCUGCAGGAGGAGCAGGAGAAGAGGAGGCUGGAGGAGGCCAGGCUGGCCGAGGAGGAGAGGCUCCAGGAGGAGGCCCGGAAACAGGAGGCCCUCAGGCAGCUGGAGGAAGCCAGGAGGGCCGAGGAGCAGAAGCAACAGGAAGAGCUCUCGAUGAGCAACAGGCUGUCCUCGCUCUUCGGCAUCGGUAGAAAGAAGGACGAGAAGAAGGAAGAGGAGAAACCCAAACCUGCUCCUCCAGCUACAGAGGCAUCCGUGCUUCCUUCCUCCAGCAACCCGUUUGAGGAGAUCCCGCUGAGCUCAGACACCCUCAGCCCCAUUGAGGAGAGCCCUGCGGACCACCAUCGGGGGGUACACAGCCUCCAGACCCCCUCCAGUGGUUUCCCCGGCCGCACAGCCAAAGUGUCUGCAGUCAAGCCCAGCUUCUCUUCAAACGCACCUGACAUGUUCUCAAACAUGCACAACUCCAUGGCUCCUCCCCAAGUUAGGAGGAACUCCGCAGAAUUGCUCAGCACAAGCAACGAGAACCUUGCAGCUGCCAGUCCCUCUACAAAACGCCGUGUACUUCUUCCACCCAACUACCAGAGCCCUGUCAGCAAUGCUAACACCCCUACACCUGCCCAGGCAGAAACACACAACCCACUACCAAGGCAACCCAAAGCAACACCAAGAAGCCUCUCCACUGCAGCAUCGGUAAAAGAGGAAAUUGAUGGUACAGGGGACCCAGGAAGACGCAGCACCCAAAGGAAUAAAGGACCCACCAUCCCGCUUCCAGAUUACGAUGCCCUGUACCCAAAAAGGAUUCAUGGAAUACAAGGACAGAUGAAAUGGGACCAUAUUGUUGCAGAGGUGACUCAGAGGCAGAGGGAUUAUCCCCCGGAGCUGAUCGGCAAGGAAGUGAGUGUGGACGAACCUAGCAACCAGCAAGAUUUGCCAAGUUCGACUCCUAGGGACAGAUCUGCCCUUCCAGGUAAGACAACCGGGAACCUCAAGCAAGCAGAGCCUGAGGAAGGACGAUUUAGCGCAUUUAAAAGAAUGGGAUCAGGCACUAAGCAUGCGUUCACCCCUCCUAAGCGCACCACUGCAGCCCCAGAAAAAGUGAAGCAAGACCCAAGCACAAGACAGGUGCUGCCUACAGUGGAUAAGCCCAAUGACCUGUUUGCUGCCAGAGUCUUGGGAGGAACAACGCCUAAGGUCCAAAACAGCAGUGUUCCUCAAGCAAAGCCCCGCCUCGUUGCGAGGGAUGAGAAGAAGGUGCUAAAUACAUCUGUGAACAUUGAUAGCGGCAGAGAUGCACUUCCGAAGGAAAGCCAGUGGACUCCAGAGAAGGUAGGACGGAACUCUAUUUCAGCAGGUGGGGCUCACGAAAAUCCCGAUAACCAAGCUAAGGAGGUCCCAUCCAUCACUCCCAGACAAAGGCCAAUGAACCAUAAGUCAGGGAAGGUGUUGCAGAUGGGGAGCACUGCUGCUGUAUUGAGGUCUGCUCAUGAAGAUCCCUCUACUGACACUGCUGUACAGGGAGAUUCAGGAAAGAUGGAGAAGCUAGAGAACUCAAAUGUGAUAAGAGAUCGUGAAUUGUUCACAAGUGAACAAACGCAGGCUGCUGUUAGCACUGUACUGGAGAGUAGAAACAUGCCAAAACAAGACCUGUUUGAGAAACCCAGUGAACUGUUCCCACCUGUAGAAAAAGUAGAUGACGACCCAUUUCCCAGUAAGGUAAUCCUGGCCAAAGAUCCAUGGGCCCUGCCUGUGCAGAGAUUUGAGGGGGAUGACCUGUUCACGGGUGGACCAAAAAGAGAAGUGAAGCCCGAUGAGGCGGGUAUGACUACAGACGAUAUGGAGAAGCUCUUUGGACAAAAGGACGAGCGGGACCCGUUCUCCUAUUUUGACCACAGUGACCCUGUGGCAAAAUUUCCAGAGCAGGAGAAGACAAAGGACAAUGGCGCAGGCAAGCACACUCCUGGUGACCAGAGGGCUUCCUCGUCAAAGAAGAGCCGUGCACCCUUGCCACCUGCGAAGCCUGAUAAUACUAGAGGAGCAGUGGACCCCUUCUCCCCCUCCUCCACCUCCUCUCCCCGCCCCAUCACCUCCUCCCUGGUCUCCCCUGAGCCUCUGAAGGCCGUAGCAGGAGAUGUCGGUCCCCAGCCCAGUGGCACCUCUGGAGGAAAGGCCCCGCUGCGCGCCUGGGUCUCGCCCUCUGAGGCGCAGGCAGUCGCGGGGCAGAGUAGAAGCGGAGGCAUGGCGGUAGGGAAAGGAGGCGAACCAGCCUCAACCCCACGCAGACCUCACCCAGUGAAGCCUAUGAGCUCCCUGGAGAACCAGGCCCCCGCCAACAUAUCAUUUGCCAGAGAUAUCAAGUCGUCUGUGAUCCGCGAGAAUGUUCCAGAGAAAAUGAAGGUGAGCAGCUCUGUGGAGAGCGGGCCCUACUCCCAGCUGACCCAGGAUGAGCUGAUCUCCCUGGUGGUGAAACAGCAGGAUGAACUCUCCAAGAAGAACGGCAAGAUCCUGGAGCUGGAAGACUACAUCGACAACCUGCUGGUGCACGUCAUCGAUGAGAAACCCAGCAUCCUGCUCGCCAUGGCCAAUACAAAGAAAGCCAUCUAGAGCUUUCAAACAAGACAUGGACACCAGGACUACCUCCACUGCUUUACCAUAAAUGGUCUAGGCCAAACAGAUGGUCAACUCUGUGUUCUUGUUGAUAUUGCUAGGUCUGCCUCUGCUAUUGCUGAAACUUUCUGAUUUGAUUUCUUCUUGCAAAUAUUCAUUAAGGGCUACGACCAAGAACGGAACAUGUAUAGCCAUGGAUGCUCUGUCCCUGCAUAUGCCUUAUUUGCUGAAUAUUGACUGUAAUAUAGCAUCAGAAAUUUUAGUUACCAUCUACAACUUUGUAGAGUAAGGAAUGAUAAGAGAGGGGCUGUAGGAUCUGACAAUCUGGUUACGACAAAGGAUCUCUGUGGCCUUACUUAGGUUAGGAAUUCUCCCUUUCUUGUAUGCAGGGAGAUCAAAUGAUUUGUGGGAAGGUUUCGUCUCUUUCCUGAUGUUUUCUACCCGAGAGCAUGUGCACUUUUCUUAAAACGGAGGUUUGAUUUAAUUCACUCUUCUGAACGGUGACAAAUGAAGAAAAAACACUGCUAUUAAGUGGCAGUCACUACGAUUGUAAAUCAAUAUAAAAUCGAAUCAGUCCACUAUAGUGCAAAAGCGCCAUAUGUGAAAUACCUCUGGAAAUCGGUACUAAAUCAUUGACUGUACAGGUGAUUCCUAAUGCUGAUUUAUUUAAUAAUAUGCUGUAUUGUCACUUUUAUCACACACUAAACUUCAACAGUGUACGAAAAUCUCUUAAUCAUGCCUACAUUACACACUAUGGUUAAGAUUUUUUUUUUCUCAACAGGUACGGUGUAUAUACUCAAUUUGCAUUUAAUCUUUGAAAUAUUUAAUGUACUAGAACAUUUGUCAUGAAACAGAUAGACUGUUUGUGAGAUAAUAUGAAUUUUUUUUCUUUGGAUUCUUUAGAAAAUAAAAUCACUUUUAUAUUAUUUGUAUUUAAGUUAGUUGGUGGUCGUGGUCACUGGGUGGUGGCUUGUUUCUGUAAAUAAGUUUGACUUUGAAGCUGGAUGCAUAUCAGAAUUGAAAAGAACUGGAAGUCUUUAAUGCCAUGAAUUUUACAUAUAUAAUAACCCAAGUGGAAUGUGUGAUUUUACAACAGAACAUUGCAGUGCAGCAAAGAUGUCAGGGUUUGAACUCCAUCUUGUACUGGCCUUUCAUUUUGAAUUGAUUCAUCCUAUUCAGAUGAUUAUUCUAGAACUGUAUCUUAUGACAUAUGAAUAUCCUUUGCUCAGCCUUAGUGUGUGCUCAGGGUCAGUACCUCAUUGAAUUCAAAGCUGGUUACAAAGUGGAGUGCUUAUCUAAUUAACCUUCAUCUCUUGGUUUUUCCAUACGAUGCCCUUGUACAGUUCAGUAUAUCUUGCUGGUUCAGAUGUCUGAUUUUUGUGUGGUCUUUGAUUUAUAACCUAUAUGCUGCUUAUUUAGAUUUUCUUCUGUAAGUAGCAACAUUUUUUUCUUCUGCAGAGCAAUGUCAUCUUUGAAAUACAUUUUCAUUGUCCAAUUUCUGAUUUAUACUAAGUAGCCUAUAAUCCUUGACCUAUGUAGACCAUAACAUCUGUGCAGGUUCCAAAUUUUAUCAUUGUGAAUUACUGCUCAUGGGGGGAAACUUUCAUUUGGUGAGUUUCCGGUGGCGCAAAACGAUAAUUGUUGAAAAUAGUAGUACUGUUUUAGCUAUUUCUGAAUGUAUCAAUAAUAAAUCAAGUUUGAAUUGAACAGAGACAACAACACGCGCUGCAACCCGAAAAGGCUACUAAUAUGAAUUUGGCUGAGAAUCGUUUCAAAUUUAUAUUUGGAAACAAACGUAAUGUGUGUAAUACUUUGAUUUCUGCAUUAUAGUGUUGUCAUCUUGAAUCUUUUCGUAGUGGAGAAAAUAAUAAUAUGACGAUUGACAAUCAAUUUUUUUUUGCCGAUUUAACUGUGCCUUGCUUUUAAAUAUUCUUUUUUUACUCUGUAAUAUUGUCAGGUUGGUGCUGAAGGAUCUUCAGAUUCUUAUAUUCUGGUGAUUUCGCCCAAACUGGCACCUCUUAUUUAAAAAUAAAUAUAAAAUUAUUCACGUGUUUUAUGUAACCUGUUGAAUGUAUGAGUAAUUAUUUCUAAUGUAGGUGUGGGGGGGUGUUGAGUAAGUUUAUAGAGUUGUAGAGCUUCCAGAAACAUUCUUUGGUUGUUUAGCUUCUACCCUUUGAACUGAAACUGAUUCUUCCUUGUAAAUCCUAAUAAAAGUCUAUUUAUUGUGA